AGGCAAGGCUGCUUGGAGCAUGGUUCGUGCGGAGUCAUGGGAUCGCCUUGUGGAUCCACAGCUACUUUGACAACGUUAUUCACGAAAUUUAUCGUCAAUAACAGGACAGACCCAUGAAAAUCGUUAAAAAUCACUGAUGUAGACAAUUUUCCUCAGUUUGUUGUCUAGCAUACGAAACGUCAAGUUCAGUAUUUAUAAAAAGCGACGGAGUACAAUUUUCGUUUCGUUCCGUUUCGUUGACCUCGUGUCGUUUGGUUUCGCAAAAGGAUGCGCGGUCACUCAGCAUUAGUAGUUACCAAUCUCCACGACCUCUGGCACUUCAAGAUGGCGACCUCCGUACAGUUCUAAUUUCGGUCUCGUCUCGUGUGCUGGAAGUCUGCUGAGAGUCGGAGAGUGCUUUUAAGGCAGGAAGAAAACUGCAAGGAACCUUUUGUUAGACUCACAAGAACUACCAAGUAACAAUGCAUACAAUGUAUGGAACGAGGGCUCUGUCCAUGUUUAUAAGCCUGCAUCCCCUGCGACAUGGUCGUUUUCUGACUCAAGUGUUCCCUUCACGAGCAUUUAAAGAGUUUAGAAACUUGUCCCAAACUUCGUGGUCAUCUCCCAAGAUUCUAAAACAAAGUGAACCAAGAGAGUUUGGCAGCUACUUUAUAAGACCAUCAGUUGUUAACUUUUCUUCUCAACCGCGCCCAUCUGAAGAUGAUAUUAAAAUCAACAAGGAAAUAUUGUCACUUAAAACAGUCAUAGAACAAUUUGAGUUGUUUGAGAGUAUCAAGAGUUCAGUAAGCAUUGUGAAUAGAGCAACCAUGCUUUAUAACAUUGCCAAGAUCACUGGAAGAAACGGAAACCAGAGACGAGUUUUGAAACAAGAAAAAGGCAGGUCAAGGGAAGCUUUAAACAGCGCAUACCUGGAAUUACUGGACAGUAUCUCCAAAGACAUUACCAAAUGCCUGCCCUGGGAUCUUGCAAAUGUGAUGUGGGCUUUAGGAAAACUUGAAGAGAAAAAUCACGAGCUAGUUCAAGUUUGUGAGAGAGCUAUUCUGUCUCGUGGUAUCACAGCCUUUGGCGAUGUAGGUAUUUGCCAGAUUGUGAAUGGAUGCAUACACCUGGACUUGACAGCCUCGGGAAUAGCUUUCGCGUUACAAGAAUCCAUUUGUAACGGUCAGUUGAAAAUAUCUAACUUUAACAAUCAGUUACUUGCUGCAAUGUUGUUGUUGUUUGCUAAGUCAGAUCGCUGUGCUGUUCAUGGACUCUUUCACAUUUUGUUGGAAGAAAUUCUAUCAAGAGACUUCUUGUUAAUGGCAAGUGGUGACCUUGCUCUCUUUGUGUGGUCCUUUGCAAAGAAGGAGUUGAAGGCAGACACGUUGUUUGACAGAGUGGAAGAAGAGAUUCUAAGGCGUGGAACAGCUAACUUGGAAAGACGCGGUCUUGUCCAGAUACUUUGGGCAUUCAGCAAGGCUAAAAAAGGAGGCAAGCAGCUUUUCGAUAUCAUGGACAAUGAACUUGCCUCAAGUGGGGUAGAGGGAUUUAACAAUUCUGCACUAUCACAAAUUGUUUGGUCCUUUGCAACGAGAGAUGUGACAAAUGCCAAAGUAUUUUAUCUUGUUAGGGAUGAGGUUUUCACCCGUGAUGUCUGCAUAUUUCAGGUGCAUCAGCUUGUUCUUAUCCUGUACUCGUUUGUUUUUGCUCGAAGACAGGACAACAGGCUAGUUGAGGAAAUUGAAAGUGAGUUGCUGACAAGAGAUGUGGCGCAAUUUGACAAUGGUCAUUUAUGUCAAGUGGUUUGGUCUCUUGGAAGGGCAAGAAAAUGGGACAGUAAAAUGUUUGAUGUGAUUGAACAAAUCGUAUUUCAGCGUGGUUUGCACCAGUUUCCAAAGUCACAAAAGUUCAUGCUUCUGCGAGGAUACGUGGAAGCAAAAAGGCUGACUGAACGGUUGUACGAAGGUCUGCAGGUUUCUUUCUUAAAGAGCAGUUUUUCGAAAUUAACAGCCAGAGAGAUCUAUAUACUUGCUUGGUGUUUUUCUGAGGCUGAGAAUAACACCGGACCACUGAUCAAUGCUGGGCAACUGUUUGAUACAUUGGAAAGGGAGAUAUUAACCAGAGGAAAAAUCCUUUUCAAAGGGCAGCAGCUUAAUCGGAUAAAGAAGGGCUUUCGGAAAGUUGGAAAGGGAACUAAGGAACUAUUUGAAUUGUAAGUGUCGUGGACACUUACUGCUGUUAAUUCAAGUAUAUUUUUUAUUAGUAGUUUUUUUGCUUAGUCGCUGUUAAUAACCAUAAGAACCAUCAUGACUGUACAUGAUGAAACGAAAGAUACAUGGUGAUCACACUUGUAUUCCUCAUCAAUUUUUACCGAAAACGUCGCCAUGUUUCCAAGCUAUUAUUAGUUUUGAUUGAUUCUAUUUAACAAGGCUUUGAUGUUGAAGGGACUUGAUUAACGUGAAGUUUUGGUUCAGUUUUGACUUUUCAGUGUGGGUUUCUUUUUUUGUGUGUGUUUUCCGUCAGUUUUGACUUGUAUGAAGCCCAACUCUACAACACAGAAGCAGUAAAUAUCAUUUAUGUACAAAAGAAAUUGACUCAAACUCUGAUAAAACGUCUCAGUAAUCCUGGAUAAUUAUUAUUCACAUAGAGAGAGGCUGAAGGACACUUAAGUCAAUCCUCCGUAUUGUCGUUAUUCUCAAGGUAAUCUCUCGAGUUAUUUUAAGAUCACUUCCGGUUUUUAAGCGUUGACGUAUUGUGUGACGUCAUCGCUUUAAGCUGGCGUGCUUGCAUUCCUUUGGAUAGUGAUUUCUCAUAGGUUCGUCGCGCUUAUGUCCGUCGCGCUUUAUGUCGCGCACGAUUUAUCCCUUCGUGGAAGCGAAAUGCACUCUGGGAGUUAGUAAAUGAGAAAUUAGGUUCAGCGGAUUGCUUUUAAUUCUAGCUUUUAAAAGAAGAUUUAGGGGUGGAUUUUGGUUUAUACAGUAUCGGAUAAAUUUGCAUUCACGGGCAAACUCAUAGUAAAAACAUAUCCUCCAUACAUACAAGUUUAGACAGACGAGUAAGUUGCACAGGCGAUAGGUGAGGACUUUGCGGCUUUCCUUUGAUGUUUGUAGGAUCAGCGGAGUGCUUUUAAUCGAUAUGACAAGUAUACAGUUAAA